UUGUAUGAUGUUCGAGAUCCAAGGUUUGCAUAUUAUUUUAUGGAUUUUUUCUAGGUGAUCACGACCUAAAUUUAUUUAUUUAUUUUUGAGUUUUACUACCUCUAAAUUUAAGUGAUGCAGUCAUUACAUCAAACACUUACAGGACAGGAGGCAGGGAAAUGACCGCCCGCCAUUCGAAUGAUUCAAAAGCCCUUUAUCACUGCUACCCAAACCGAUUCUACUCUAUCCCUCUUCAUGCAAAAAUGCAAAACCCUAAGCCACCUCAAGCAAAUCCAUGCCCAUCUCCUCAAACUCUAUCUCCCCGAGAGCCCUUCCUCCAUCUCCCCGCUUCUAUCCUUCGCCGUCUCCUCCAAGAACCCCGCUUUCUUCUCGUAUGCGCGCGCCAUUUUUCAGAAUCUUCAAUUCCGGAGCACGUUCGUGUACAAUACCAUGAUCAGAGGAUACGUGCAAUCGCAUUUGCCGGUGCCCGCAAUUCUUUGUUACAAAGAAAUGCUCAGUUAUAAGCUUAUUGUGAAUAAUUAUACGUUUACACCCCUGAUCAAGGCCUGUUCUAUGGUCUUGGAUGAUUCUAGGGAAAUGGGUUUUUCGGUACAUGCCCAUAUAUUUAAACUUGGGUUUCAGCAAGAUCGUUUUAUUGCCAGUGCGUUGAUUGAGUUUUACUCGUUGGGUCUUGAUAUGAGGAAGGCCGGUAUGCUGUUCGAUGAAAUUCCUGAGAGAGAUGUGGUGAUGUGGACGACCAUGAUUGAUGGGUAUGGGAAAACUGGGGAGGUGAGUAAAGCCCGAGCACUGUUUGAGGAAAUGCCUGACAGAAAUGUGAUUUCUUGGAGCACAAUACUGGCAGCUUAUUCACGGGUUAGUGAUUUCAAGGAAGUUAUGGUGUUGUAUAGGCAAAUGGAAGAGGUUGGUAUGAGGCCUAACGAGUCGGUGCUUGUGACUGCGGUCACAGCUUGUGCUCAUCUCGGCUCAUUAGAGCAAGGCUUAUGGAUUCACUCGUUGGCCAAGCGGUAUGGAUAUGAUUCAAACCUCAUUUUAGCCACUGCAUUGGUGGAUAUGUACUCAAAGUGUGGUAGAAUGGACUUUGCUUUGUCUGUUUUCGAGGGGAUUUCCUGUAAAGAUACUGGAUCAUGGAAUGCUAUUCUAUCAGGAUUUGCAAUGAAUGGAGAUGCAGUAAAAUCCCUUCAUAUGUUUGAUAAAAUGGUAUCAACCGGGGCACGACCAAAUGAGACCACAUUCAUCUCCCUUCUCUCUGCCUGCACUCAUGCAAAGUUAAUAGACAAUGGCCUUCUGUUAUUUGAUAAGAUGAGUAGUGUUUAUGGAGUGAAACCAAGAUUUGAGCAUCACGCGUGCGUUGUAGACCUCCUAGCAAGAGCUGGUAACUUAGAGGAAGCCGAGAAAUUCAUCGAUGAGAAGAUGGGUGGAAUAGAAAAAUGCGAUCCCAAUGUUUGGGGCGCAUUGCUGAGCGCGUGCAGGGUAUAUGGCAAUGUUGAAAUUGGGAACAGGUUAUGGAGAAAACUUUGUAAUACAAGGGCAGCUAACUAUGGGACUCAUAUGCUUUCAUACAUAAUGUACAAGGAAGCUGGGUGGGAUGCAGAAGCUAAAAAUGUGAGACAAUUGAUUGAAGAUGCAGGAAUGAAGAAGAAACCUGGAUGCAGUUCCAUAGAGGUUAAUGGUUAAUGGGUGUUGGUCAGAGGCCGGCGAAAGGCCAAGUCCAACACCAAGUGACUAGGGAAUUGUUUAGGGGAUUGUUGGGCAGAGAUCGGAAGGGGCAAGUCUAGCACCGUGCCUUUCGAGCACUUGAUCUAACAAGUGGUAUCAGAGUCAGGUGCAGUUAACUAAGGGAGGGGGAGGGAGAAUUAUUGGGCGGAGGUCGGGGGAAAUCCAUUGUAACAAUGGGGUGGUUGAAGAGUUUCUUGCAAGUGAUCUGUUGCAUCCUAAGACAUGGGAAAUGUGCAGCAGUCUUGAAUAUCUAGCAAUGUAAUGUAUCUCAGUAAAGAAACUUCAGAAUUUAUGUUUACUCUUUGAUGUAUUUAUUAUAUAAGACAGAAGUAGCAUUACACUUGGCUUUUCUUGUUAUAAA